UGUAAACAGCUUUCUCCCAGCCUCUUUUCCCUUCCUUACAUUCCUCCCUGCUUCCUCCCAAAAACCUUCACUGUAUUAUGGAGACCCAGCAUCACCAAGACCUUAUCGAGCUCUCGAGUCCCUGAAGGAAGUCUACCUCACCUUGCUUUUGUGUAAUCUUGCUUUCCCCCCAUUCAAAUGCGCGUCCAGCGAGGACGAAGGACCGGACAGCAGUGAGCCCAUGGUGCUGGAGCAGUACGUGGUGGUGGCCAACUACGAGCGGCAGGAGAACUCUGAGAUCAGCCUGAAGGCUGGAGAGACGGUGGACGUAAUCGAGAAGAGUGAAAGCGGCUGGUGGUUUGUCAGCACAGCUGAAGAACAAGGCUGGGUUCCUGCCACAUACCUGGACUCUCAGAGCGGCACCAGAGAUGAUCUGGACCUGGGAACAUCUAGAUCUGGAGAAGUUACUAAGAGACGUAAGGCUCAUCUGAAGAGGCUUGACCGGAGAUGGACGCUAGGGGGAAUAGUCAACCGCCAACAGAGUCGAGAGGAGAAAUAUGUCACUGUCCAGCCGUAUACCAGUCAGGGAAAGGAUGAGAUUGGGUUCGAGAAAGGAGCAACCGUGGAGGUCAUCCAGAAGAACCUGGAGGGAUGGUGGUACAUCAGGUAUCAGGGUAAAGAAGGCUGGGCCCCAGCCUCAUACCUGAAACAACUGAAAGAUGACCUUUCCCCAAGGAAGAAGACUCUGACUGGCCCCGUGGAGAUCAUCGGAAACAUAAUGGAGAUCAGUAACCUCCUCAACAAGAAGGCUGUAAGCGAGAAGGACAUUCAAACUGACGGAGAGGACACUAGCCCUGAGCGCCACAUCUCCAAAAGUGAAAUCAGUUUGCCUAUCCAAUAUGCCCCAGAGGCUGGAGUGGCACCCACAGUAGUCACUGGUUUGGGAAUGAACUCUGGAUCUAGCACCGCCCUACAGGAAAACAAGAGCAGGGCAGAGCCGGGGUCACCUGCCAUAGCCCGGGUGGCACCACACAGAGUUGAGAUAGGAUUUGAUGCCAUAGGAUCUCCAAACCUCAGACAGAAACCUCCUCCUCGAAGAGAUACAAAUCUGGCAUUCCAGUUGCCCAAACCUCCAGAGGCCCCUACUGUGGAAGCGGAGUACUACACCAUAGCAGAGUUUCAAUCCAGUAUCUCAGAUGGCAUCAGCUUCCGUGGAGGACAAAAGGCUGAUGUCAUAGAGAAGAAUUCUAGUGGUUGGUGGUAUGUCCAGAUCGGGGAUAUGGAGGGCUGGGCACCCUGUUCCUUUAUUGAUAAACGCAAGAAGCCCAACCUGAGCCGGCGGACCAGCACACUUACCCGCCCUAAAGUUCCACCCCCUGCUCCACCAGUCAAGAAACCAGACUCAGAGGAAUCACCUUCUCUAGCUGGCUCCGCUUCCAAAGCUCCAGAAUCCCCCACUCAGCAUGUCUAUGAGGAGCCAGAAUAUGAUGUUCCCGCCAUUGGUUUUGACUCCGAUCUGGAUAGCAAUCCUCCAAAACAAAAAACAAAUAAUUCCUCGAAACCAGAGCCCCGUAAGUUUGAAAUUAAAAGCAAUCCAGCAGCUGCCGAAAGGAUUGCACAGGCUGGCAAAGCAUCGCCUUUACUAAAAGUGAUGACCUCCCCCUUGAGGAAAAGAAACUCAUUGGAGAAUGUCAAUAAGGAGGAGGUGAUUUAUGAAAAUGAAGGCUUUAGGUUCUCAUCUGAUGAUUUUGCCAGUGGUUGCAAUUCAGAUACCCCAAGGAGUCUCACAUUGGGUCGUAAACCCUUCGGGUCCUCCUCUGCAGGAGGGAAGCCCCUCCGGAAGGUAUCGCCGGAUCUAAGCCGGAGUCACUCUCUUGGCCGUGCUGAGAGACACAGCCCCAAAUUAUCAUCAGACAAAUCAGGACGCAAUCCCAAAAGAGAGCCUGUCAUGCGAAAAGAUGUAGAGAUUAGGGUUGGUCAAAGUCCCUUAGCCAGGCCCAAACCAGUGGUGCGACCCAAACCUCUGUUUACAAAGUCAGAGCCCCAAAGUCCCGAAAGAAUGGACAUCAGCAGCCUACGCCGCCAGCUUCGGCCCACCGGAAGUCUUCGGCAGGGUGCAGUCCGUGCAGUACGUGGCGGUGAAGAUUCCGAGACUGCUUCUGUUGUGUCCUCUGAGGAUUCCAUCUCCUCAAGAAGUACCUCCGAUCUCUCCAGCGUCUAUUCCAAAGGUAGCCGAGGUGGGGAAUCCGACCAUGAAAGUGUGCUCUACAGGACCACAGAUGCCUACGAACGGGCCCAAGAGUCAGAGGUUAGCUUCGCAGCUGGUGUGGAGGUUGAGGUAUUGGAGAAGCAGGAAAGUGGAUGGUGGUAUGUCCGUUGGGGAGAUGAUGAGGGAUGGGCACCUACUUUCUAUUUGGAGCCAGUCAAGCAUACCCAUGACGUCGGUGUACAAGAAUCCCGUGAUGGCCCUCUUGUUGAUCUUGGUAGCACCAACAAGUCCAACAGCCUAGAGAAAAAUGAGCAGCGUGUUCAGGCCCUCAACAACCUAAACCAGCAGAACCUGAGGAGUAUGAACAAUCCUAGCCCACCAAUCCCAUCCAAACCACCAGGGGGUUUUAGCAAACCAAACCCAAUGCUGAACGGUUCAGGCGUACAGAUGCGUAACGGUGUCCGUCAGGCAGCAGUGCGACCGCAGUCAGUGUUUGUGUCUCCACCACAGCCUCUGAAGGACACCAACAUCCAUACAGGGUCUUUGAGAAGAAAUGAAUCACUGGGUGCAGGCGACCACUUCAGAUCCACAGGCGGCGUAAGGCGAAACUCCUCCUUCACUGCCGUGCGACUGCAGCCGGUGACCGAUGUACGGGUCAGGUCUGGGACCACCAUUACAGCACCCGCCGGAAGUUCAAGCCCCUUGAUUGCCCAGAGAAACGGAAUUCCAAUCUCUACAGUGAGACCCAAGCCCAUCGAGAAGACGCACCUCAUUCACAACAACCUUCGAGAGGUUUACGUAUCUAUUGCUGAUUACCGUGGCGAUGAAGAGACCAUGGGUUUCUCAGAGGGCACUAGUCUUGAAGUUCUGGAGAAGAAUCCAAAUGGAUGGUGGUACUGCCAGGUUCUCGAUGGCUUACAGGGACGUAAAGGCUGGGUACCGUCUAACUACCUGGAGAGAAAAAAGUAAUUCCCCAAAAAUGGUUUAAACAUGCACAAUUGUAAUCAAAAUGUAAAAAGACGAACUGACUGAAGGACUUUUGGUUUGAAACGAGAGAGACAGAGCCUUUUAGAAAGGAGUUUACAGUAAAACUAGAGUAAUGCAGGUGAAUGUUUAGCAAAAUACCUGCCAUAACUUUAUGCCAAAUGGGUGCCUUCGUACAUCUUUCACUGAAUGUUAAGAGGAAUCGGUCAAAUGCCAGUGAAGCAACGAAAAUACCAAAUUUCAACUUAGUGCCAUAGGCCUACAAGUACAGAAAGCAACAAACUUAUUUUUGUUACAACAUUGAUAAGUGAAAAAGAUAAUUUCAUCAUAGGUGCAUAAGAAAAAGUGCAAAUCCAAUCUUAAGCACAUGAAACAAGAAAUUCCUGUAAAAACAUUUUGAACAAAAAACCAACAUCAAUUGUUAUCUUAGCACUGAGUGCGCUCAAAGAAACAAAGCAUAACUUUGUCAUUUUUUAAAAACGUAUCCUUUUUUUUUUUUUUUUUUUGUGUUAAUGUUUGUUAUAUCUUCCUUAGAGAUGUAUUUCUGCUUUCUUGUAACAUCCUAACAUCCCCAUUCUUUAAAUAUGCACAGGCCAAAAUGAAUAAAACAGGUUAAAGGAAAAUAGUCUGUGAAAGCUAUAUGCAUAGAUCACCUCAUGCCCACUUAAUUAUUGGGUUUAAACCCAAGUUCAGUUUACAAAGUGCAUCUGUUUUUAUUAGGAGGGUAGACAGCUUCAGAGGACAGGACUUUAGAUAUUGCUGCUCUGUGUGUGCUAAAUCUGUUAAUUCAAGAAAUCAGGACUGGAAAAUCUUUUGUUUUGUUCAGCAUUUUAUCCCAGGGAAGUAGUGACAUAACAUUGAGCCCAAAAUGUGAUCACACCAAAGAAGAUUUACAGACACAAUUGCUAGUUUGUUUUAGAGUUAGUAUUUAUUUUAUGGGUACAAAUAAAUACAGUGUAUUCAGCAAAACCUAAACGAGGUUUCAGAACUGAGAACAAAGUAUAUUUAAUUGUUAUAUCUGGAAGCACUUGAUUUUUUUUUUAACCCAAAGAAAAGCACAUUAAUAUGCAAAGUUAAUUUCUACAUUACGAUAUUGCUGGGCAGUAUUGAAUCUGAAGUUACACAAUAAGCAGUGUAAACUACUAUCAUUUAAGAAUAGUGUUUCAUUUUCUGUUGACAAAGAUAUUAAAAUAGAUUCACGAACUUUAUCUUAGUCCAUGGUCCAAUCUUUCAUUCUCUUCUUUAUAGAUCUCUGAGCUUGAUGAUGAUUACUUCCCCCUUAUUCAAUCAAAUAAUAUUCAUUAACAACAGCAUAAAACAGCUGAUGUUCAAGACUGCUGAAAUAUUUUUCUAAUGAAUAGUGUGAGCUCUUAAUUGAGUUUAGCACUACUUUUAUUUGAUUUAGUUUUCUGCUGGACAGUAUUUUAUUGUUAAACAGUUAAAACAUUAAUUACCUGCUAGAUUGCAGUUAUAUUCUAUUAAGCAGAAAAUUGUUUAUUUUGUCUUGUUUGUUGGUUGUUGUGUGAUCACACAUGGACAAUAAUGAUGAAUGAAGUCGUUCAUUUGUUGUGAAUCAAUGCAUUUGAGCUUUUUUUUUUUGAAUGCACUGGUUUAAAGAUGCAGUGUACUUCAUCAGCACAUAAUUUAUUUUUUGUUGUAUUUAUCAUUUUUUAUGUUUUUAAAAAAUGUUUUUAAUACUGUCUUGCUAAGAUGUAAUUUUAUUGGCAUUUGACACUCGCUUUUAAAACUUGAAACUCUUGGUAGUUCUGUAGUAAUUGGCUACUGCUAUAUUCUGAGCUUUUACCAAGAUGAUUUUUUUGUCUCUUUUUGACAGUGUCCUACUGUCUUAAAAUUGGAAGUAGAUUUUUAAAACAAUUCUUGUGAGCAUUUUUCACCUUGUGUGAACAUGCUUUCACAUACAUUUUUUAAAAUCCGAAAUGCAUUUUCAACCAAGCUGAUCGCUGCACCUUUAGCAACUGUGGACACUUCCUUUCUCGUUAUUGAUCCACAUAUAAUGCCAGAUUAUGUAAACAAAAAAUCAUUUUAUUUCAUUUUAACAUCAUCAUAUCACUCCCAGAAAUAAAAAAAAAAUAGACAUUACAAAAAAUCUGAAUAAUAAUCAAUCAGUCCUUCAAAUUAAAAGCCAGCAGUAAAAUGGGAACGAUCAAAUGACAUAACACUUUAUAAUUAAAAACAGCAGGGCUCUAUGUGGAUCCCUAAUUGUGACUGGACCAAAUUUGAUUUGAGUGUUUCAUAUAAAUGUUAUCAUUAAAAAAACAGCAAUAAUGGGAUUUUAAAGUUCCAAUUUGGGUGAUUUUGUUUUUAACUUUUACAUUUGAAAAAGAAAAUUAAGCCAUUGCACUCUUAAUUGCAACUCUUUUUUUUGACGAUGGCAUUACAGAAAUGUGUCGACUCACUACAACGCAGCGCUUGUGAUGGAUGUUGCUAAGCUCCAAUAAUACUUUGCUCUUUCUUCAUUCGCGCCUAUACAAUUUACAAGGGAACUGUUAAGUGUCAGACUAGUUCUUAUCUUAUAUUACUUGUGUAUCUGCUAGCUUUGUUUUAUGUGUUCUUUAUUUAUUUAAAUGUUAAUGCUUUUUUCAGGAACAGUAUUGCGUUUUACCGGGUUUUUUUUCUUUUCUUAUUCUUUCUCCUUUUCACUAUUGACAUUACUCAGAUGGAAUGAGGAAAUGUGCAAUACAAAAACAGGCAUCUCACCAGUUAAGAACAAUUGUAUUGAAGAAAGCUUUGUUUUUACUUAUAAUUCUGACAAUUUUAUGUCAAAUAAUGCCUGGUUUUGUCCCAUAGUUUUUUUGUUUUUUUUAAUCCUCCAAUUCAAAAUAUAUCAAUGUGUGUUCAAAUAUGUUAUGCUGAAUGUUAAAAUGCCCUGAUAGAUGGACACCUUCAGUCUACCGGCCAACCAUGACUCGAUUUCUGCAUUCAUACUUUUUACCUACUGAACCGCAUCUUGCUUUAAGGGGUUUAGUGACCUCACAAAGCCCAUGGUGAAUCAGUAUGUAAAUAAUAGGGAAGCAUGGGUAUAUCUAAUUCUCUGAGGCAUUUGUCAGUUCAGCCUGUCAAAUUGCAAAUUUGAGAUUGUGGGGCAAAUCCAUCAGCAGCUAUAUGAGCGCCGCACCACACUGCCAACUUCUCCACAUCCGCUCCCUACAUCCCACUGUCAC